GCCUGCGGCCGCCGGGGCGGAGCGAUCCACCCACUCUGCGCUGCUGUCGCCGCGGCGCGCCGCUCCCGGGAGCACGGAGGAGUUUUGCGCCGCCGCCCCGCACCGAGUGCCCACCUGCAGGCAGCCGAUCGCCGGCCCGCCGCUCCCCCGUCCGUGCUAGGGUCGGCUCCAGCCAUGUCCAAGCCUCCACCUAAACCGGCCAAACCAGGACAGGUUAAAGUGUUCAGGGCCCUGUAUACGUUUGAGCCCAGAACGCCAGAUGAACUGUACUUUGAAGAAGGAGAUAUCAUUUACAUCUCAGACAUGAGUGAUACAAAUUGGUGGAAAGGAACUUGCAAGGGGAGAACUGGACUAAUUCCAAGCAACUAUGUGGCAGAGCAAGCAGAGUCUAUUGAUAAUCCACUGCAUGAAGCUGCCAAACGAGGCAACCUAAGCUGGUUGAGAGAGUGUUUGGAUAAUCGAGUUGGUGUCAAUGGCUUAGACAAAGCUGGAAGCACAGCUCUGUACUGGGCAUGCCACGGAGGCCAUAAAGAUAUAGUAGAUGUUCUGUUUUCCCAGGCAAACCUAGAGUUAAACCAACAGAACAAAUUGGGAGACACAGCUUUGCAUGCUGCUGCAUGGAAAGGUUAUGCAGAUAUUGUAGAGAUGCUGCUGGCAAAGGGGGCAAGAACAGAUCUGAGGAACAAUGAGAAGAAACUGGCUUUAGAUAUGGCAACCAAUGCAGCUUGUGCUUCCUUACUUAAGAAGAAACAGAAUGCAGAUACAGUCCGAACACUGAGUAAUGCAGAAGAAUACCUUGAUGAUGAAGACUCUGAUUAACUUUUUUCAUUCAGCGUAAAGAACUAUAACUUGCGUUGCCUAUGUCAGUCUCAAAACAUAUCUUUGCAACUGUAAAAAUAUCUUAUUUUGAGUAUUGCAGUCUUCCAGUAUAGCAUAUAAAUGAGUGGGUGAAAUCAUGCUUUCCAAAGGAAUAUUCUUUCCUUAGGCCAGAAGAUGUCAUAUUUUGAAUCAGAGUUCCUUUGGAAGUAUCUCACAGAGGAAGUGUGGUGUACCAUUACUAUUGAAUGGGCGGAAGACCAUAUUCUAAACUCACAUGUUUCAUCUCAGGCCUUCCCAGCAAGUGCCUUGCAUCUCUGGAACGCGUUUCUCAAACUGAAAGGUCCUUCUGGGACAGCAAGACACCAUUGCUAACAUUUUCCAAAAUCUCCCUGGGCAUAGUUUCCUUUGUGCAGCUAAUACUGACAGAGUCAGUACUGGCUGACAGGCAUGAAUGGGCAUUCUGCUAUAGAGAGGGACCAUUAUUUGCCCACGAGGAGCCAACAUGACAAAGUUUGAUUUUUAUUUUUGGUAAAAUUUUUUCCCUUCCUUCCUCUGCCCCUCUGAGUAAAGUGCAAAAUGACCCAGGAUGAUCUGCCCCAGAAUACUUUGUCUUCUCUAUUCCUAUGGGCCCAAUCCCUGAAAUGUUAACUCAGGUGAAAUGCUUGCUUAAGUCAGGUUUGCUUGAGAAAUAUACUUAAUUCUGAAUUUGGUGGCUUGGUUAUUUUGCUUUUUGAAGUGCAUUAUGCUGAAACUAUUUGUAGUGAAAGGAAGACAGAAUAUUUUUCUAUUUAUCUUGCCUAAAAUUUUUAGUACCGAUCUCUUUCUUUUACUUUAUAAAAGUGCUCUUGUAUUUUGUCCUAAAUUACCUCAAAGUUGAAGUGUGUUUGAAGGAAUGAGGGAAGAUGUAUAUCAAAUAUACCACAGGUAUUUGGAAGAGAUAGCUUAAGCUGAAUAAACAUUUUUAAAAUGCGUUGCUUCUUCCUGUGAAUUAAAGAGAACUAAAAAAUUAUUGAGCCACUUUCAAGCUUCCCUGCAGAGUUAAAAAACAGUACUUUCUUUAGAUUGCUCAAAUAGCUGCAGCCAAAUAUUGUACCUUACUGAAGGGUACUUUCUUACUGUGAUGGUAAGAAAAUGUUACAAGUAUUUGAGAUACAAUCUCAUAUUCAAUUUUUGUUGCUAACUUCUCUAGUAGAGACUUCUAACAAAUUCAUUCCAACACAGUAAUCUGGCAUACCAAAACAAAACCAAAAAAAAAGGAAAAAAAAAAAAAAGAAAAAAAAAAACUCUUGCAAAAGAUUGGGGAUAAGUGAAAAGCUCUUGUGAAAGACUGGAGAUAAAUGAAAAGCUCUUGAGAAAGUCUGGGGAUAAACAAAGCUCUUGAGAAAGUCUGGGGAUAAAUGAAAAGCUCUUGAGAAAGUCUGGGGAUAAAUGAAAAUCACACUAGGUAUUUUAGAGAUUAAAAGAAGUCUACAGCACUCUUAAUUUCCCACUUUUAAAAAUACACUCAACCAGAUUUUUUAUUUUUAUUAGAUACAGGUAACGCUUGCUAAGCACUUAUCAAAGAAGGCAGUGCUUGAUUGACCAGAACUGUGUAAGAUGGAGGCAUUGCACAAAUAGUCAUCUGCACAUAUAAUUGAAAACUGUUUAAAUGUUAAAACUGUAGAACAAAUGGUUUAGCCCUAUGGAAUACUGUGGCUACAUGAACAGUGAUGUUUUAUUUUGUAUGAGCUUGAAUAUCCUAGAGGGGAAGAAAUAAAAACCAAAGCCACCAGUUUUUUCUCUCUAGCUUUCAUUAGGACAAUUGUUGAACUCUUAAUAGACAGAGACUGUUCUGCUUCAUAUUUAAUCAGCCAGCUAUUCUGCUAGCUCAGCUUUUUACCAUAGUGAAACUACAUGUUAUGAUGCAUGCUGUUGAUUAAAAUGAUACAAUUUCAAAGUGCAAGUUUAAAAGGUCCUGUAAUGAGAGGCAAGAAGGUUCUUGAGUCUUUUUCCUGCAUAAAUGAAGCUCACAAGAUUAAAAUUCUUCAGUGUCACAGGAUGUGGAGAGAAUGGCUCUUCCCCCAAGUCAUUGUAUUCUCUACUGAGUUUUGGAGGCAGAGUUUGUAUUCAUAAAUAACUCUUAAUGUAAUGUCUUCUGCUGCCAUGGGUUCACCAUCCUACAAGGAAAACAUUAUGCUCAUGUCUCUGGAAUUAACAGCUGCCAGAAGACCCUGUGUUCUGCAGAUGCUGCAAAAGAAGAAUGGUGACAGAAGCACAAGCUGAGCCCAGAGAUUGCAUCUGAAGUUCUUACCACUGAAAGAAGCACAUUUACAUUGCAAGGCAGCUAGCAAGUGGUGUAAUUUGUUUCCAAGACCAAAAUGAUCGCUUUUGUUUUUUAUCCACAACUUUUGUUUUCCUUCAUGAGACUUUCUGCUUAUCUUGUGAAAUACAGAUCACUGUGAAAGUUUUCAGGCAAUAAAUUACUUUUUGCCUAACUCCAGCAGUGUAAGUUUUGAUGUAAAAAAGAAAACACAACCCAAACUGAAUGUCCUACAAGCUAGAAGGAGUUACAGCUGGAGUAAGCUGAUACAAUUUCUUACCAGUCUUACUAGUUAUGCAAACCUACUUACUCCCUCUACUUUUCUUCAAUCUAUGUGGCACUGCAGGCUCAUGGAUAAAUUUAAGACGUUUUUCAAGGGCACCUACAUUCAGUGUUGUAACAAUAAGAAAAGUAUUUUUUUUUAGGAGCAGCAAAGUGAAAGUUUUCAAGCUCACGGUGUCUUCUAACUGAACAUUGAAGGAUAUUCUAUCUUGUGUACUUCUGCUUGAAAUAACAUGUGUGCCUUUCUAUUGAAAAUAGCUUUGGUCCACGUAGAAAUUAUGUGCUGUUAGGGGAUACUUGAAUUGUUUGGAAGCUUUUUCAAACCGAACUGGUAAAUCUUCUGUUGGCUUAAUCAAAAAACUCAAGUGUUUAAUCCCUUUUUUCUAGGAGAAAAAAUGGGAUAUUUUUUGAAUUGUCUUAGACUCUGGAUAAUUUUCAAGUUAGUAUGCUGUUUUACUAAGACAAACCCCACUUUACUGAAUUCCACUCUUACAUAUGCCAUCACCUGAAAUUUAAUUUGCUUAAAACAGUUAAGGUCACACAAAAGGAUUAAACUGAGUAGCCCGUUUCUAACAAAGUCUCCACCUUAGAACUCUUAAGUCCUAAUUUCUGACAACAGUGUCAUGUUUCUUGUUUGAGUUUUAUGUCAAAGACUGAAGAUUGGUGAAAGCCUGACCAUGUGAUCAUUUCAGUUGUAUAUAGUCAGGUGUUCAAGCAUGCAGCAUACAUCACAGAAUUAAAAAUUUGUUUUCAGCCAUUGCCACCUCCCAGUGAAACCUUUGAAAUGUACCACUGAGCCCAUUACAUAACAAGUAAUGGGCCAUCUGUCAGCUGCUUCGUGAGUCUAUCACUUCUCUGUCCAGUGGGAGAUUUUUCUUUCAGAUACGGAUUAUUUGGAAUAUAAUGUGCUGUUUCUUAUAAUGAAAAUCCAUAUUCCUUCUUUCUCUUCUGUCCAAGACUGACUCCUAACUUUAAGGAACUUUAGUGAGAUUUAAUAUAAAACAAAUAUGAAGACAUAUGGAACCGCAAGCAAAUUGGACAUUUGAAAGUUUUUUAUAGUAAUAUUUCCAGUUUGAAUUCUGAAACAAGUCUCUGGAAUCCAGUGAAGAUAAAUAGGAAAUGGAGGACCUCCGUUUUUAAACUCAGCACAAACCUGUAUUUGUUUUCUUUAUUUGUGUUACUUAAUAUACUACAUUUUUGCUCACAGCUGUACUGCAGUCACACCUCCACUUGACUUCAUUUCUACAAGGACAUACUGAAAUUAAUCAUCUUCAGAUGUACUCAACAUAGAAUUAAAUCCUCAGAAUUUAUAUCCAAUUUUUAUGUACCUUCCCUUUUGAGACUUCUAUAACACAGAUAGUUUCACAGUGUUAGUAGUUUACUCAGACUUUUUUAAUAAAAGGCUUAAAUUUUAUCUUCUCAUAUGAUUUCCCUAAGGCAGGUAAAGUUAUGGAACAUUUCAGGUAAUCUACCAAUGUUUGCUUUUAUGCUUUUCCCUAAGAUUUCUGUUCAAGCCUAGAAAAUUCCAACUGCCUGGCUAUGAAUUUAAAACAGAAGAGGAAUCAAGAAAUAAAAAUAUAUGUGGCCUACAUGCACUUACCCUGAAAGCAAGAGCAGUAAACAUAUUGUUAACAAGAAAGUUGUAUGACAGGUAGGUUGAGUAGCAGGCACUGUACUUAAGAGAAACUUGUAUAGAUUCAUUAAAGCCCUGAGCUAGCAUUUACUUUGGCUUUAACAACUUCCAGAAAAGGUGGCCCAUUCAGUUACAGUUCCAUGAGUACUUUUCUAAAAUAUAGUUUCCACCUGGAGUUAGUAUUGACGGCAGCAGGAGUUCAGGAACAACAUGCAGACAAUCAAUGUGAUCAAAGCGAUGUCCAAUUUAUUAAUUAAAUGAGUUAACUUUUAUACAGUUUAGUUUCUUCCAGGUACAUGCUUACAACAGGGUGAUUGGAUAGCUCAGUCUGUGCACGCGUCUCAUGCUUUCAGUUCAUUGGUUCUGGAGCUCUGUCCGCGCGGCCUGACAUCGUACGUGCCACCAAAAGUCCCUAAUAUCGAUCCGCCUUUAGGGGCUUUCCAAGAUUCUGCAGGUGUUUCUUUAUCUCCAGUUUUCCCACAGCUUUCAACUAUAAACACACGACUUUCUCAUACCUAGCAACUGUAAACAUACAGUAUUGUAUUCACACAGCUAACAAUUAUAAACUCACAUAAUUUCACACAGUCUGCAAGUAUAAACACACAGCUUGCAACCUCCAAAGUUGUAUCAAGCAAGGCCUACAAAAAUGCAGGAGAAAUUGUUCAUGCAAUCCUGCUCUCCCAACAAGUUAGAGCAGUGGAAAGUCAUGAAGUAACACAAAUGUGACCAAAUUUCAUCCUGCUAAAAGACUGUAGAGUGCUCUCUAGUCAGACAAGAAUAGUUUAAAGGCUUGAAUCACUUCAGAGGCUGAACCACUGCAGGUAUUAUAGAGAGAUGUCUGAGGGUGAACAGUUUAUGUAGGCUUCUUACAACCAGUGCUGGAAAUGCUUGAAUUACUUCAGUAGGUGUGACAAGAUCAUUCAAGUUAAUUGAGUUUGAAAUGAAAAGCCAUUAUUACACAGAAGAAAAUAGGUUGAAAGGGUUUGGUGAUGCUUGUAUUUUUAGUCAUUUCCAUUCAGUUUUAACCAAAGCCAGACUAUUCCAGACACAGCUUCAGUAGUUUUCUAACCACUUAAAUCCAGUUUUACUCAUUUUAGGGAAACUCCAUUUCAGUGGUAUAUUGCCAUUUUAAGGGCUGUUAACUGUUAGUUCUCUGAGCUCUGGCCUUGCACUUUUCCUGGUUGCACCAGUAACCUCUUAAACCAGUGUCUGCAGCCUACAAGCUAUUAUUCUUCACAUUUCAGUACUUAAAAACUUUAAAUGAAAUCUAGUAUUCUUGUGCUGGGCUUAGUUUUCCAUUUGUUCAAACUGAUGGCUGACUGAAGUGCACUGUAGCCAUAUCCUUACUGUUAAAAAGUAUUUUGAAAUUUAAAGAAAAGAGAAAAAUUAAAACAGCCUAGUGUAUGUACGUUACAUAUCUAAUAAUAUUCUUGAGCUAUGGGUUCGUGAAAACUCAUGACAUCUUAGAUGCAAAAAGGUAAGAGUGCAAUAUGGAAUCUCUUUGCGUAUAUAGUGGAAAGACCAAUCAUUGAAAUACCUAGACACCAAUAUUAUUUUUAUGUAAAUGCAUACAGAUAGCCUGAAAUUCAUCUUACCAGAUUGUGUAGUAAAAGUGUACACAUACCUAUGGAUUGAUUUGUGGCUUUUUAAAAAUUAAAUUACCAUUUGUCUAAACUCAAUUUGUGGUUUCCAAGGUACAUUUGCUUUGGAAUCAGAAGAAGGAAUUUCAAUCUCACAUGAAAGAAUUAAAAAAUAUUUUUUGUGUGUCUGGUGUUUUUACAAACCUGUAACUUCAUGCUUGGAGAUGAGCUGAAAAAAAUAUCUGCUUAAUACUUCAUGUAUUAAGACACAAGUUUAAAAAUUCUGCUUUUUAAGACCUGCUAAGUAUGGAUUGAGUCUAACAUACAUCCUUCUUGUGUGAAAAGACAAUUUGAUCCAACCUGUAAUAUGUUAAUGUAUUACUGAUUUUUGUUCCUAUAUGUCAGAGCUUUUUUAUUUAAUCAAUCAUUUUAAUUGUAUUUUAAGUAAAGUUAAGUAAACUACUGAUUUCUUGGAUACCGUGCUCUGGAAACUGGUCGCACAUCUGUCUUGGUCCACCCAAAUGCAUCACUUUAUUACUUUAUCAGGUGGACUUUGUUAAUGAAAUAAGUGGUUCUCCUAUUUGAAUUUAAAGAACAAAGCUGAAUUCUUUUGCUUUCCGUAUCGAGCCUGCAGACCUCAUUGCAUCCCCUAUGCAAUUCCAUUUUUUUGUGUUGACCAGACCCUAAUCACUGUAGGGUACAAACAAACCUAGUGUGUGUGUGCAUGGUGGCUACACAGACAGGCUUUGCCAAAUGCAUCUGGAGUCAAGAAAAUUGAAGCUGAAGAAUUGUGCCCAGUCUCUCGAUUUCUGGUUAAAGAAUGCAGCAUAAGAGAGCACCAAAUUACUUGCUCGCUAUAAAAUGAGUGAAUUUCUUGACUUGAAUUUUUCAUAGCUCUCUAAUGUAAAAAUAUGUACAUACUAGAGAACAAAGCCUAAUUUGUAGAACAAUUAUUGGUUCUCCUAAUAAAAAUAUAUGUAAAGUU